GUGGCAUACCAACACUUCAGAAGACCGGUGAGAGGCGCCGUUGACAAGUCACUGGUUGGGAUCAGUAGUGUUGCUUGGGUUCACUACGAGUUUGGAUUGUAAACUUUGGAGACUGAGAGUGCGAAUGUGAUGGAUCAUGAAAGAGUUCUGACAAGACUUCAGUGAAAGACCUCCCCUCAUCUGAUCUACUCCAGAAAGGGAUGUCAUUCUAAUCAGCCCAGCUGUGGGAGACAUGAACGGGAGAGCCUGCAACCUUAUGGUCUCCCCCUCCAACCUUCCACAUGCCUUGGGUGCACUCACUGGUCAACAGCUGCCCCCCGGAGGGGUCCAGAGUCACCCAUCCUGCUCGAGCGCCCUCCACCACCCUUCUGGUCCAGGUAUGGGAGUCCAGUCUCAGACACUCGGAGGUCCGGUCCUGUUUCCCAGCCUCAGUCUUCGCCGACAGGUGCUGACGAAUGGGAAGAGUCAUGACAUCCUCAGCUUUCCGCAAUCGUCGUGGAAACAGGCAUCAUCCCUGUCUCUUCCACCUGCAACCUCCAUCUCCUCCUCAAAACAGGGGGCCAGAGCGAAAUGUCUAGAGAGUGGUGGGAAAGGCUAUUUACCACAGGGGAAUGUCAACAAACACCCCACCAAUAUAAACCUGCAGGUGACCAAUAACACCAUGGUCGUUCAGAGUCUGGGGCUCCCCUCACAUCAGCCUGACCACAGCACUGGGCCCUCGGUCCUCUCCCAUUCUGUGGGUCUGGUCGUGCCUUUUACAGAUACCAGGUCUUUGCUGUCGAGGGAAUCUCUUGCCUCAACAACUCUCAGCAUUCCCGACACGCUGUCGAUCCGGAGUGGCCGCCAGGAGUGGCCCUAUGGGUACAGAGUGCUGCCCCCUCUGUGCUCGCAGCCGUUCUCCAACACGAUCGGAGAGGAGGGCCCGGAGACGCUCGGCCUCCCGCCUGGCACAGCCAUGUCUGGGGCCACCAGCGUCUCCAACUCGGCCUCCUUGCCCGCGUACCUGUUCGGUGGCGGCGUUGACGCCAGCAGCCCCCGCCUUCCCGCCCGCGCCAAGAAGCGGGCGCUGUCCAUGUCGCCGAUGUCGGACGGCAUCGGCAUCGACCUGAACUCGGUCAUCCGCACCUCGCCCACGUCGCUGGUGGCGUACAUCAACGGCUCGCGGAGCUCGCCGGCGUCCCACCUGCUGGGGGCAGGGGCAGGGGCAGUGAUGGCGUCGCCCCAGCAGUCUGAGGUGUGCGGCCACUUCCUGGGGGUGAAGGGCAGCUGCAUCCCCAGUCCCAGACUCAGCGCCACGUUGGCGGUGACCGUCACCACCGACCACCACUCUGACCCCGACUGUGCACGCAUGCAGCGGCUGGAGCAGAUGGGCUCCUUGGAGGGCCAGCUCGCCAACAUGGUGGUGGGACCGCAACAGCAGCAGCUGCAGCUGCCCACUGAAGGUCUCUCCAUGGACAGAGGCAUGGAGGGACAGCAUGGCGGAGAUGACUGUGGACAUCGAUCUCUACAGCUGCAGCUAGAGCUGGCUACGAUUAUCCACACUCCCAGCCCUCCACGAGGGCCUCCUCCUCCUUACCACUCCCACAAGCACCUGCCCAUCCUGGGGCAUCCUCGAGAGCCUGAGGACCCCUUGGGGCUGUAUGGUGAGGAGAGCCUUAGCCCCAGCAGCUUUCCCAAAGCGUCGUGCCCCUUAGUGGAAGACGAGGAUGGGGAGCAGGAGGACUUCAGCGGAGGCUACUGUUGCCGCUGGGUGGACUGUAGCGCCACCUACAGCCAGCGAGAGGAACUGGUGAAGCACAUCGAGAAGCUUCAUGUGGACCAGCGCAAGGGAGAGGACUUCACCUGCUACUGGGCGGGAUGCCCGCGCAGACAGAAGCCUUUCAACGCCCGCUACAAGUUGCUCAUCCACAUGAGGGUCCACUCAGGGGAGAAGCCCAACAAGUGCACGUUUGAGGGCUGUCAGAAGGCUUUCUCCCGCCUGGAGAACCUGAAGAUUCACCUGCGCAGCCACACGGGGGAGAAGCCCUACGUGUGCCAACACCCCGGCUGCCACAAGGCCUUCAGCAACUCCAGCGACCGCGCCAAACACCAGCGCACGCACCUCGACACUAAGCCGUACGGAUGCCAGGUGCAGGGCUGCUCGAAGCGUUACACAGACCCAAGCUCUCUACGCAAACACGUGAAGUCACACUCCAGCAAGGAGCAGCAGGCGAGGAAAAAGUUAAGACAAAGCACAGAUUUGAGCCAGGAUGGACUAUCAGAAUGCUUGACGAUCCAGCCUCUACAAGCUUGUCUCUCCCCCAUGGAUAUAAUUGACAGGCUGUGCCAAUCUCCUGACCCACCAAAGGACUUGUACUCUGGUGUGUUCUCACCGAACCGGUCCAGCAGCAACGCGUCUGCCCCACUGCCUCGCCCAGCCCAGGGCAGCCCACGCGCACCCGUCCUGGCCCCUCUGCACGACUCCUGCAGAUUUGCAGCACCCUCACCUCAUCACCUGCCGGCUCCACAUCCCUCCUGCAGCACAGGUGUUCUCCAGAGGACCCGCCGACCUCAGCCUCACCUGGCGCCUCCAGACACUCACCUCCCAGAUCACCUGCGAGGUUUCCCCAGCCACAUCCAUAUGGCAAGUGCCCCAUCAUACGAUGACUCACUGCAGACCACGGGGCUGGCCGCGGCCUGUUCCAUCAUGCAGACGCAGGCUUGUGAGGGCACCCUGCCCAUCCCCACCACCUCCCAGUCUGAUCUGGACCUGGUGCACAGAGCUCUUUCAGGGAUCACGGUGUAUGACAUCCAUGGCAUGCCACAGGACUUCCUUACUGACCCUGAACUGCAGGGAUCCGACGGUAGCUACCUACACAUCGGUGGCAUGGAGCGCUGUCCCAGCCAACUAUCCUGUAUCUAUACUGAGGGAUGAUCUUCCAACUCUACAGCCUUUGCUAUGGAACCUCACCUGCCACAAGAGUGCAUCAGCAGCAGAACUUAAAUGAUUGUUUAAUACAUUCCGAUUAACAGCUUAGAUUUUAUGCACUAAAAUGUUUAUGUUGAUGCACUAUUCUGAAUCCAUUUGAAUGCUCAUUUUUAAGCCACUAGAAAAUAACAGAAUGUCGAGUCUGCACUGGAAUCCUUAUCCAGCUUGUUGCACACUUUGUCUUUUAACUCUUAACAACCUGGUACUAACCACCACAGAGUGCCUUAUAAACAACCUUUGCCACAUUGAUGCCUUUAUAUAAAACUGUUUGAAUCUGUACAAAACAUUGUGCUGGUUUGAAUUUCAUGUAUGUUAUCCACAAUAUCAUUGGGGCCAUUGUUAUCGUCCGAUAAACACUAAAAUAACGACACAUCCUAUGAGGUUUCAGGGAACCUUCAUUAGAAACCUGCUCAAAUAGGAUGAUAUUUACAUCUUUA